UUCUUUCCUUUCCCUCGUUUUCUGCUCUCUCUCUCUCUCUCUAUCUCUCUCUCUCUCCCGCUUUUUUAUUUUUCCCAAACACCAGAUCUCACAUUCUCACCCACUCCCCCCACCUUCGCCUCCAAACUUUCCCUCCAUUUUCUCCCCCCACUUUUUCUUUUCGUUUUUUUAUUUUUUUCAGUUCCCCUCCAAUUUCUCUCGAUCUCUUUCUUUCUCCUUCCCUCCACCAAACCCACCAAAAAAAAAACCCGCCCAACCCACAAUCCGGUUCGGGUCGCUGGAUGUCGGGCUCUCGGGCUCAUGACCCGCCGGCUCAACCGCCCCAGCCGAUCAUGCAGCAGGCCCUCAAGCGGCAGCUCGCCUUCUCCUCCAUGAAACCGCCGUUUUCAGCUACAGCAGACUACCACGGCUUCGUUCCCGACCCCCGCCAACUCACUGAUUCAGAAGCUUAUGGCAUAUACGUUAAGCCCUCUCAGCAAAAACGGAAGAGUGAUGCGGCAGAUUACGAAGCUGAGUCUAGUGAUAGGACAGCUGCUCCUGGAUAUACUGAAGUAGUUACCAGCCCCCUCCAGACUCCUGUGUCAAGCAAGGUGGGAAAGGCAAACAAAACAUCAAGGCUGACAAAGUGCAGCAGAUCUGGACCCCAGACUCCGGCUUCCAAUGUGGGUUCUCCUUCUGGGGCUAAUCUUACUCCGGCCGGACCUUGUCGUUUUGACAGCUCCCUAGGUCUCUUAACAAAAAAGUUUAUCAAUCUGAUCAAACAUGCGGAAGAUGGUAUUCUGGAUCUCAAUAAUGCUGCUGAUACUUUAGAGGUGCAAAAGAGGCGGAUAUAUGAUAUAACAAAUGUUCUUGAAGGAAUUGGUCUCAUAGAAAAGAAGCUCAAAAAUAGAAUUCAGUGGAAGGGACUUGAUGUCUCGAGGACAGGGGACGUGGACUAAAAUUAUCCUAGUUUACAGGCACAAGUUGAAAACCUAUCUGAUGAGGAGCGCAGAUUGGAUCAGCAAAUAAGAGAAAUGCAGGAAAGGUUGAGGGACCUGAGUGAAGAUGAAAGCAAUAAGAAAUGGCUUUUUGUCACUGAAGAAGACAUCAAGGGCUUACCUUGCUUACAGAAUGAAACCUUAAUAGCAAUUAAAGCUCCACAUGGCACCACUCUUGAAGUCCCAGAUCCUGAUGAGGCUGUUGACUAUCCCCAAAGGAGAUACAGGAUGGUCCUGAGAAGCACGAUGGGUCCAAUAGAUGUUUAUCUUGUCAGUCAAUUUGAGGAGAAGUUCGAGGAGAUUAAUGGUGUUGAAGUACCUACAGACAUCCCCUCAAGUUCAGGGGUUAAUGAAAACCCAGGUACAACAAUGGCCACAGAGAAUAGAGGGAAGGAUGUUGAAAUUCAGGGACCAGAUGAUCAUAGAAUGUGCACAGAUCCCACUGCUUCCCAGGACAUCAUGAGUGGGAUGAUGAAGAUUGUUCCCUCAGAUGUUGAUAGUGAUGCAGAUUACUGGCUUUUAUCAGAUGCUGAUAUUAGUAUCACAGACAUGUGGAGAACAGAACCUGGGGUUGUAUGGAAUGAGUUGGGUGCAAUUGAUGAAGAUUAUAUGGUUAAUGUCAGCACACCACGGCCGCAAACUCCACCAUCCAGUUCAACUCAAGUACCAGCUACUGCCAACCGUACUAAGACUUGAAACCUAAAAAUGAUUCUUACUGAAUCUAAUUGCAGAAGUGCACUCGUUUUUUCUGAGAACCUAUGAUGUCCAACCAUCUCAUGUAUUUGUUUCACCAGCAGAGGUUGGGUUGAAGGUUCCGGUAAGUGUUCCCGGAAGAUCCAUCUGAGGAACAAAAGAACAGUGGAACCAAAGAUGGAGGUAGCUGCAUUGUUGUACAUUAAUGUAAUAUACAUAUCCAUGAGACGGUGGCAAAUAAUUAAGAGGAUACAAUUGUUAGUACAUCAUGUAUAUUGUUAGAAUUAGCAGGCUUUUCUUGUAUUAACCAGAGUGAAGUAGACUGGCUAGUAAUAAGUCCGGAUAAGGUUGGAUAGGGAGAAUGUUGGGUAGUUUCAGGACCCCAAAAAGUAAAGGAUUUAUGUUCUGAUGCCUCGUUUUGUUUUGAAUUAUACUGAUGAGCUAUUUUCUGAACUAGAAUUACCACAUUUUGUGAUGCCCAAUUACUCGCGAAGGGUUGGGUCUUGCCAUUGAUCA